AUGAAAACUCACGGAUAUUGUUGGAUGCCUCGGCGGGCGGAUCAUUCAUGAGCCUUGAACUUGACGAAGCUGAAGAACUCAUUGAGCGGAUCUCAACAAAUGGAUCCACUUGGUACUCUGACCGUCCAUCCACUCAACCAAAAAUUGGAGGCAUGUACGAAGUUGAUCAAAUGUCAGCCAUGGCUGCUAAGGUCGAUAGCAUGAUGAGCAUGAUCCAAAAGAUUGCUCAAGUCUCUGCUGUGCAAAACACUACGUCAGCACCGCCUCCUGUUCCUGUUCUCAUGUGUGUAUCCUGUGGUGGACAACAUGAUCAAUCUUCAUGUCCAUGGGAUGCAAUGGAGCAAGUUGAUUAUGUCAACUACAACUGGCCGCAGCAACAACAAAAUCCAUUUGGCGGAUUUAGUUCUCAAAAUAGAAAUCAUCCUGGUUUCUCUUGGAGCAAUCCCAGUGGAGCUGCCAAUCCACAAGCUUAUCAGAGUUCACCACCCGGCUUUCAAAAUCAACAGCAACAACAAUUUAGAGGUGGCCAAGGUUUUGCUAACAAUCAACAAGUUAAGCAAAACCAAAGCUUCCCCUAUGUUUCCAAUCAACAAAAGCCGAUCCUUCCAACUCCUGAAACAACAUCAGCUCCCGGCUUGGAUAACAUUGUUGAUCAAUUACUCAAAUCUCAACUAGCCCAAGCCGAAACCUUGAAGAAGAUUUCUGAAGAGCUUACUCAACUUCGAGCUCACAAUAGGAUGCUUGAAAAUCAGAUCUCUAGUCAAGCAUCAACAUCAUCAACAAAGGUGACCGGGAAAUUUCCAGCUUGUCCUGAGAAUCCAAGAGAGCAAAUGAAUGCUAUCACUACUCGGAGUGGGAAACAAAUUCAAUCUCCAUCUCUUCCGAGUAGUGAUCCUGAAGAAGAAAGAGGAGAGGAUGUCAAAGAAGAAGCUCAAAACAAAGUCAAAGGAGAUGCUGUUGAAAUGAUGCCAGAAUCAAUCCAGAUCAAAGAAGGGAAGAAAAAAGAAGAAGAAGGUUUGCUACCCAAGCCAGACAGCGCUGUUGGUUACCUCAACAUCGCUGUUGGGCUGGUUUAGCCAGACCCAUGGAACAUCCGGAAGGUAUCGUAGAGAAAGUUCGGCAUUGGGACGUUGAAGUUAGUGAGUUAAUCGUCGGAAUCAUGUUCAUCGACAUACCCGAAAUUCUGGACAGCAACUAUCCCUUGACUUCAGGUCUGAUUUACGCUAUCUUACAUAUGUUAAAACGAAAUACUCUAUAUACGAAAGUUGUAGCCUUACGUUUUAGGAAUCCACAGAAUCAAACGAUUUGCGAUUCCGUGAAGAAACGAUGGAGAUAUGCCCAAAAUACAGAAGGCUGUCCGAUUGUCACGGAAAUGACAAAGUUGGCAAAUUUCGAUGUUGUUUCCACUCCCGCUCAUCCGUAAGGUUUCGGCCGAUAAUUUCCAGGUCUGUACCUUUGCGUUAGACUUGUCGAAUCAUUCAUCACAUGCGUACAUGAACAUAUAUGUUAAUCCAUAUGUUGAAAUCAUCCCAAAAAAAAUAAAUAUGUGAUACAUAUAAAUAUUAGAUAUGCUUCAACUACAUAGAUUUGUUAAUCAUAAGUGUUAAAAUAACUCAAAGAAGUAUUUUAAAUAUCCAAAAAUAUCAAAAAUAGGAUUUGCACACCCGAACGGUCGACGUAAACGGUCAACUGUCGUAUUAAACAUCGAAACGAAGCAAGACUGUCAGACAAACGGUCGACCGCCGGUGGCCAACGGUCAACCGCCGCCUGCCCAGUCAAGACCGCCGUUUUUCCUCCAGUCAACAACAGUCGACCGCCGGUCAACCGCAGUCGACCGUCACGGUGAUUCUCCAAACUCGACGCGAUGAAUUUCGCGGUCGACCGUCGCGCCAAACGGUCAACCGUUCCGAGCCCCGUAGCUUAAUUAAAUGAUAUUUUUAUCAGAUUACAUCCAAAUAAAAUAAAGUGUAUUUAUCCAAUCAUGUUGUUUACAAAUUGUUCAUAUCAUGUGAUUCAUUUCAUCAUUCAUAUUGAAACAUAUCACAUCAUGUGCAUGCGCAAGAGAUCAGGCUGAAGUGCGUCUCUUGUAGUUGUGAUUGUGCGGGACUUAGCAGUCCGACAUCACGGACCGGGCUUAGUGUACGUACAUGGUACUUAGAUUUUCGAGUACCACCCAUAUUUCUGCGUGAGUUCGUCGUACAAAAUGGGCGAAUCUCAUAGUUCAAGGCUCGUUCUUGCGACUUAGAAUCAUACAGCAUGAAGUCAUCAUCAAGUAAAAUCAUCAUGACUAUGUGUGACAUCAAUUACGCAUCAUGUUAUCAUUAUCAAGUACAUCGAUUACAUAGGCCUUAUGUAAUCAUCAUCAAGAACAAGUAUAUUGAUUACAUAAGUAUCAUGUAAUCAUCCUCACAAGCAAAUUGAUUAAAUGUGCCAUCAUGUAAUUAUCAUUAAAUAUUUAUCACCAUG